CUUGCCAGUACUGGCAUUCCAACUGUUCAGUGGUUCCCUAGCAUAAAAGUGAGGGAAAAAGGGCCAUGGAAGGGUACAAAGAAGUCACUUCGGCGAUCGAAGGUCGUCUUUUCGUUUCCACCAAAAAACAUCACGAGGCCAGUAAGAACAAUGAUGUCUACUUCCAAUCGAGACCUCAGGCAAUUCCUACAGUCGACUCGUGGCUGUCACCUUUCACCAGCAGGAUCGUCCUCCCUAGCAACAAGAGCAAAUCGAUCGACGUCGAGGAUGGAGAGCAGCAGCAGCCGCCGUCGCAAAGCCUCUCUAGCCGGGUCAGACACCACCAUCACCACCUUGGUAGAUCAUCGUCGCGCGCUUCUGGUGCCGCCGUCAAAAGUCGUCUACCAAAGAUCAAAGACCAGGGAGCCGCUGACCAGUUGGUUAUGACGCGCGCCCCUGCCGCCACCGCCGCCGGGUUCACAUUGUCUCUUGAGCUCGCUGAGCCAAUCUUGUACCUGGAAGGAUUCGACUAUCCGCACAAUUCCGAACACCGUUCCGCCGUCCUCAGAGGAGUGAUGAACCUGACCGUCCUGAAACCGACGACCCUGAACGCUUUGAAGUUGAAUUUUCGGGGAGAAACAGAAACCAUCUGGCCUGAAUCAUGGCGCGUUCGGAAACUGCACAAGGUAUUUCGAGAGGAGGUGGUGCAACAGACGUGGAAUUUCUUACAGACGGAUGAUGCAGGAGUAAUGGGAGGAGCCGACGACAUCAACAACAACAUGACGACCACUUCCGCAUAUCGCAGUCACGCGAGACAAACCAACACGCAGCGAAGGUUCGAACCUGGGCAAUACACUUUUCCAUUCGAAAGACCCCUUGAAAGUUGGCUUCCCGAGACGAUAGACCUACCGUUGGGAAAGGUGUCUUAUACACUGACUGCUCUUGCUACGGCCACCACCGAGACAGAAGGAGGAGGUGUUGGUGGAGGACACUACUCUUCGAGCGCGAAUACGGCGACCCUGACACAACUCGUCACACUCGUACGCAUCCCUUGCGUGUGUUCUUUGGAACUCUCGGAACCCUAUGAGGUUCGAGGGCUCUUGCACGGCCUACACUACAAUUUCGCCCUGGCUGCCAAAUCUUGUCGAGUAGGGGGCCAAUUACCCCUGACCAUCAACAUCUCAUCCCCCAAUGAUCGAUCGUGGCAGAGCAUCAAUAUUUCUCUCGUCGAGGACGUGCAGUAUCAGACGCGCAACGGACUGGCGUACCGAGAACAGUCACGCACAAAGGCCUUGUUGUACACGAACCGAGCGAAGCGAGACCCCCUUCACCAGCGCGCCUUUAGACGCAUCAGUGCCGCGGGAGAAAAAAUGGCCCCUUCUUACGCCAGUAGUGUGGUGAUUGAAAAGGAGAAGGAUGCUGAUGAUGUGUUGUGGUGUCGUCGUCUGUCGUCGUCUCCUCAACAUCUUGAGUUUGUUAACAACAACAACAACAACAACAAUGACGGUCGUGGUGGUGCUGGUGAUAUUGAUGGUGGUUCCGACGGAGAUUAUCAAUAUUUACAUGAAAAGACGACCUUGAAGAUACCUUCAUGUUCAAAGAUUGAGGCAGAUACGGCUUACAAAUGUUUGUAUGUUCGACACUAUCUUUUGAUAACGAUAGCAGCACACGUUCAAGUCAACGAACACGAUCGGAAACAAUUUCAAAUUCGUAUUCGAAUGCCAAUUCAAAUCUUGACUUGUAAAUUGUGUGACGGUAAUGCCACCUUGCCAGAGUAUUCGGAAAGUCCACCUGGGACCAUGACACCACCUCCACCUCCACCAUCGGUUGUCGGGGGCAGUGACGGUGGUGGCCAAGAAGGGGAAACGACGACAACAACCACCACCACCACCACCACCAUGAUGAUGCAGCCACCAUCGUCACCUCCACCGCCUGUAGAUUUGUGUCGAUGUGUCAGUGCUUCGAGGUCGUCUCGACAGUCACAGGACGGUUGACGUGGGUCGAGGUAGUCGACUGCGAUGACUCGGCGCGUGAACAUGUCAAUCAAUCAAUCAGUCAUGGUGUACCCUGGCAAGCCCGACGAUAUAUAUACGACUUUGAAAAUAUAGACAGGCAUCCGAAUAAAACAAACAUCACGUCAUUACUCGACCUUGUCAAUUGAGAUGGAUGGAAUGGAUAUGGAAACGUCAACGCACCGAGAUUUUGAAUAGCCAGUCUGUCUCAGAACUAGUAAAGAGCCAGAGUAAGAGUCAAUAUAAAAAGUGAAAAAACGGUAUCUGAUAGUUGAACUCGUUCCUCGUUCCUUGGGAAAAUUGCAGGACAAGUCUUUUUAAUGUCGAAUACAUUUCGG